CAGAACUACUUUUACAAAAUACUGAACAGAAAAUAUUUAUAAAUGUACAUAUCAAAAUUCUAAAAUGUCCGAAGACACAGCGCCAGAUGGGGGUGAAACAUUAGAAGUUCUACAAAUUACUGUUAAAAUAUCCGAACACGAACAAACAGCGCCGGAUGGGGGUGAACCAUUAGAACACGAACACGCAGCGCCGGAUGGAGGUGUAACAUUAGAACUUCUACAAAAUAUUGCACACCGUUUGCGUAUACAUGCAAUUACAGCAACAGAGAGCUCAAAAUCCGGUCACCCAACAUCAUGCUCUUCAAUCGCAGAAAUCUUAUCAAUAUUAUUUUUCAAAAUAUUGCGCCUGAAUAUGAAUGAACCUAGAGAUCCUGCUAGCGAUCGAUUGGUGCUAUCAAAAGGGCAUGCAGCUCCCAUCUUAUAUAGUGCUUGGGCUGAAGCAGGUCUAUUUCCAGUAGAGGAUCUAAAGAAGUUACGAAAAAUUGAUAGCGAUUUAGAAGGUCAUCCAACACCACGUUUAAAUUUUAUUGAUGUCGGCACUGGUUCUCUGGGACAAGGUGUUGCUAUUGGUGCUGGCAUGGCGUAUGUUGGAAAAAAUUUCGAUAAAUCUAAUUACAGAAUAUAUGUUAUUGUUGGAGAUGGAGAAUCUGCUGAAGGAUCUAUAUGGGAGUCACUACAUUUCGCAGCGCAUUAUAAACUUGAUAAUCUGUGUGUUAUAUUUGAUGUAAAUCGUUUGGGUCAAAGUGAUCCUACUUCUCUGCAGCACGAAAUGAACAUUUAUGAGGAUCGUUUAAAAGCAUUUGGAUUUAAUGCGAAAGUUGUUGACGGUCAUAAUUUAAAAGAAUUAAAUGAGGCAUUUAAUGAAGCAUCUAAUACAAACGACAAGCCAACAGCAAUUAUAGCAAAAACUUUUAAAGGCAAGUAUUUUAUGGAAAUUGAAGAUGCAGAAAACUGGCAUGGUAAACCACUCGGCAGUAAGGCUGAAGAAAUUAUACAGCAUCUUCAAAGUUUGAUAACCGAUAAAGACUUUAAGGCGCCUAAACCACUUUCAAAUGAAACGAUUACGCCUGUGCCGAAUGUAGACCUCGAAAAAGUUCAACUAUGCCCACCUCCAGAAUACGAAAUGGGACAAGAGAUUGCAACACGUUUAGCGUAUGGCACAGCAUUGGCUAAACUUGCGAAAAAUAAUCCGUCUGUAAUUGCGCUUGAUGGUGAUACAAAAAAUUCCACUUUCUCUGAAAAAUUAAAACAAGAGUUUCCUGAACGUUUCAUCGAGUGCUACAUAGCAGAACAGAAUUUAGUCGGUGUAACAAUAGGUGCAACUUGUCGCAAUCGUACCAUCGCAUUUGGUUCUUCAUUUGCUGCAUUUCUAACACGUGCUUUUGACCAAUUUCGCAUGGGUGCCAUUUCCCAAACAAACGCCAAUUUCAGUGGUUCGCACUGUGGAAUUAGCAUUGGUGAAGAUGGACCAUCACAAAUGGGACUAGAAGAUAUUGCAAUGUUUAGGACAAUACCAGGCAGUACAAUAUUUUAUCCAAGUGAUGCUGUUAGCUGCGAACGCGCCGUAGAACUAGCUGCCAAGACAAAGGGUAUGUGCUUUAUACGCACAAGCCGUCCAAAUACACCGGUUAUUUAUAAAAAAAACGAAACGUUUGAAAUUGGUAAAGGCAAAAUUGUUAGAAAUUGUAAAGAUGAUUUAGCGCUAUUGAUCGGAGCUGGGGUUACUUUACAUGAGUGCCUAAAAGCAGCUGAAAAUUUAAGAAAUGAAAAUAUUUCAGUUCGAGUGCUAGAUCCAUUUACUGUAAAACCCUUGGAUGCUUGUCUCAUCCAGACAAAUGCACGCGAAUGUUAUGGCAAUAUUAUUGUUGUAGAGGAUCAUUACCAGCAAGGAGGAUUGGGCGAAGCUGUACUUAGUGCAUUAGCAAAAGAAACAGAUCUCUCGGUGAUGCACUUAUACGUCACCGGCGUGCCACGCUCCGGCCCAUCUGCAGAACUCUUAGAUAUGUUUGGAAUAUCAGCGCAACAUAUACAAUGUGCAGUUAAAGAAAUAGUUAAUUGUCCGUGUGCGGAAUAACCAUUCCCUUACACUAACUUCAUCUAAAAUUCACAUCAUUUAUAAUAAACUAUAUAUUUCCGAUUAAAAAAACCACUACACCAACAAACGUUUGUUUCUAUAU